UACUAAAACACCAAAACACAUAAAACACAGGGAAUUAGUGGCUAAAAUGAAUUAUGGAAAGUAAAAGCAAAAUAACAAUUACAUUGUUCCCUAAAAACUGAUUAAAAGAAAAAUAGUUUUAAGAGAAUUGAAAAGAGGGUAAACAUUCCAACUUUAAAAUAUACUGCUACCCAUAAAGCUAUUUAAUAAAAGCAUUAUUACUAGUUAACUAACACUUAGUUAUUACAAAGACCUUAAUAUGAAAUGUUACUGAAACUACACAUCAAUCUUAGGAAUGUGAUCCUGAUAUCCUCGAGUGCAGUAGCUCAGAUAUUCACCAGCUGCGCUGCAACACAAUAUGGUAACGUGUCCAUUGGAUCAGAUGAAGCUUCUCACGUUUAUGCACCGUGAUGACAUCUAGUGUUAGAAUCACAGAUAUGCAUUCCAUGGUUGGGAAGUGCUGCCAGCUGUUUAUGCUGCAGACACUGACUGGUUACUUCCUAGAGUUAGAAAUUUUGCAUUUCCCCAAAUAACAAAUGACAUCAGUCCACAUGUGGCUGAUUCACUCAGUGCUAUUCCAUGAAUACAGAUCUUUCCUGUUCUAUUGAACUUCCCUGUUCUUGUCACUGCAAGUUACUUUUAAGCAGUGAACGAGGCCCGGCAAGCAGGUUGAAUGGGUGUUUCCAAUCAGGACUCGUCUGACAGGAGUGACAUCACCGCCAGUGAGAGGAUGCCUCAAGGAUGAGGAACACGUGUAAGGGAAUCGCUGACACAUCACCGAAAGUGGGCUUGUGUCACAGCGGGAUCACUUUAAACCACUUAAAACAGAAGUUCUGAUCGGUCACGUCAUCAGAGAAACCUGGAAUACUUCUGACCCCCACAAGCACAGGCGAAGACGUUCAUGAGGAUUAGGUAAUCAAGACUACUGAGUAGGGUUAAACCAACACACACCUGCACAGAUACUGAGAGCACCAAUGACCCCCUUGACACGAGAUCACAUGGUGCACGACAGACAGAGCAUGCUGCAUCCUGCAGGAGGAAAUCAUUCCUUUUUCCCUCCUUUCUUCAAAUCAGUUAUUGAGACAUCAUCUGGCAAUUCCUUUCAUGGCACCACACUUCCUCCUCCUGUAAAACAAUUUGUGCAUGCCUGCACGUGUGUGUGUGUAUGUGUCUGUGUAACCUGUCCAAUACUUUGCAAAAUCCCCCUGACUCCACUAUAAGAGGAGGCAGCAUGGAGACAGAGGGACACGUCGUUCCCGGGACUCCACCUCUGAGCGCACAACACACAGGUGAGUCUGCGCCGGUCUGGCUUGUGGUGCUGGUAGGAUCAGAGCAUCAUAAAGGAUGUAGUUUAUGAUGCCUGCAUGGAGGACAUAAUGCCUUUUUUUUUUUUUUUAACUGCACUGGAUCCCAUUACAGGAUAUAAAUAUAUAUCAAAGUUAUUGAAUGACUCUACAGGUGGUUAUUGCAGGUGUGGUGUUUUGGCUCGCCUUCCCUCCAGAUAACUACAACGGUGAAGAUGCUCUGCCUCCUCCUCCUCCUCCUCCUCCUCCUCAGCUGUCUGAGCCAACUUGUGGUGAGCCGCUCUCUGGAGCUGGGCAGCUGCACCGUCACCGUUCACACACACGAGCUACGCAAAUAUUACAACAGCAUACGAUCGACCGCAGUCGCUGAGGACAGUGAGAUAGGGAUCAGACUGUUGGAUCGAUCAGUGAUAAAGGCCGUUCAGGACGGAGAGACAUGCUGCUUCAUGCGGCUUCUGCUGCGUUUCUAUGUUGAGAAUGUGUUCAGCAGCUACGCCUUGGCUCAACCACAGGACCAGCGCUCCUCCAGUGCACUGGCCAAUGCCUUUGUCACCAUCAGACGAAACAUCCAUAAAUGUCUCUGCCAAUGUCAUGCAGAAACCCAAGCAAAAAUGGACACUCUGCAUGCUGAGUUUGCGAAGCUGGAAGUCAAGAAAGCAGCUCAGAAGGCAGUGGGAGAACUAGACACUGUGCUGGACUGGCUAGAAGGACUGGGACAGACCAGCUGAGACACAAAAACCAUUACUGCUGCAAAGUGAUAAUUAUUACCCGAACAUUACUUGGAAGCAGAGUGAAGAUCACCAUUUUUACUGCUGUGUCACUGUGCAUUUCUUUAUUUUGAACUUGAAUUCAUGUGUUUGCUGUCGUUGUCCACUGACACGUGUACUAAUACAUUAUUUAUAACACAGAAUGUAUUUAUAUUUAUCAAAGUGAAAAGCAUUAAACUGCUGUAUCUACUGUAUACUGAUGAAGCUAUUAAAUUUGAUAUCAAUUCCAGGGCGAUUUUUUUUAAGUUGUCACAGUGAACAAAUGUUUACUUGAAAAAGGCAUUAAAAAAUUGAUCAUCUUU